AACGACGCGCUGCGUGCGAUUAUCUCUGGGGAUCAUCCUCGUCGUCAUUGUAGAGAGGCUGCGGACAAUGCCUUGCUGAAAAAGGAUUCUCGUCAAGAUGCUGCGGCGUGCCACUGCAGCCCUCUUCAUUCUGGUGAUUGCUACUUCGACGUCGCAACUCACUCAGGAAUUAACAAGCACCAAUCGAGAUGGCGAAGUAAUUUUAAGCAUCAGCGAUGAACAAAAAAUUCAGUAUUUGAGCCAAAAUUUUGAAUCAGAUGCAUACAACUAUGGUUACGAUAUCAAUCCUCAUGGUCAAUUCCAUCAUGAAACACGUGGCCUACAUGGGAUCACCUACGGAUGUUAUGGUUACGUAGACCCUUUCGGUCACUUAAAAACAACGUUUUACAUUAGUGAUGGAUGGGGUUAUCGCGUUGUUCAGCCAGGGAAGGACGUAGAACUAUUCCUUCACAAACAUGAACAUCAUGAGAACGGAGGCAGUCAUGAUCAUCACGAGCAUCAUGGUGUAAUUACACCAUGGAGAGAGUUGUACUUUCCUGUAGUGUGUGCACAAUACACAAACACGAACGUUCCAGGUCUCGUAAUACCAAGUGAAGGAAUAGCGCCUAUCGGAAGUGGGACAACAAUCGAAACAUUACCAAACCGACCUCCUUACAGGCCUGACUUACCUGGACAUCCAGGGAUAUCUGGCAUUCCUGGUACUCCAGGCACACCGGGCAAACCAGGAACGCCGUCAUAUCCUGGGUAUCCGGGAACACCUGGCAUCCCUGGUACUCCAGGCACACCGGGCAAACCAGAAACGCCGUCGUAUCCUGGGUAUCCGGGAACACCUGGCAUCCCUGAUACUCCCGGCACACCGGGCAAACCAGGAACGCCGUCGUAUCCUGGAUAUCCGGGAACACCUGGCAUCCCUGGUACUCCCGGCACACCGGGCAAACCAGGAACGCCGUCGUAUCCUGGGUAUCCGGAGACACCUGGCAUUCCAGGAAUAAUUGAAUUAUAUCCGACUCCUGGCAUUUCUAGUACGCAGGGUAUACCUGGUACUCUGGAAAUAGUAGAAAAGCCGGAAAUAUCAUAUCCGGGACAUAUAGGAAUUGAUAGUACGUCUGGUAAUCUCGGUACAUCAGAAAUAUCCGAAAUUGUAGAAAAACCAGGUAUAUCAUCAUAUCCUGGAUAUCCUUCAUAUCCCGGAAUUACCAGUAUACCAAAUAAACCAAGCAGUUCUUUCAAACCGGGCAAACCAGUAGCGGCUAUCGGAAGUGGAACAAUAAUCGAAACAUCACCAAGCCGACCUCCUCACAGGCCUGACUUAUCUGGACAGCCAGAGAUAUCUGGCAUUUCUGGUACUCCAGGCACACCGGGCAAACCAGGAACGCCGUCAUAUCCUGGGUAUCCGGGGACACAUGGCAUCCCUGGUAUUCCCGGCACACCGGGCAAACCAGGAACGCCGUUAUAUCCUGGAUAUCCGGGGAUACAUGACAUCCCUGGUACUCCAGGCACACCGGGCAAACCAGGAACGCCGUCGUAUCCUGGAUAUCCGGGAACACAUGGCAUCCCUGGUACUCCAGGCACACCGGGCAAACCAGGAACGCCGUCAUAUCCUGGACAUCCGGGAACACCUGGCACCCCUGGUACUCCAGGCACACCGGGCAAACCAGGAACGCCGUCGUAUCCUGGAUAUCCGGGACCUCAUGGCAUCCCUGGUACUCCAGGCACACAGGGCAAACCAGGAAAGCCGUCUUAUCCUGAGUAUCCGGAGACACCUGGCAUUCCAGGAAUAAUUGAAUUAUAUCCGACUCCUGGCAUUUCUAGUACGCAGGGUAUACCUGGUACUCUGGAAAUAGUAGAAAAGCCGGAAAUAUCAUAUCCGGGACAUAUAGGAAUUGGUAGUACGUCUGGUACUCUCGGUACAUCAGAAAUAUCCGAAAUUGAAGGAAAACCAGAUAUAUCAUCAUAUCCUGGAUAUCCUGCAUAUCCUUUAUAUCCCGGAAUUACCAAUAUGCCAAAUAGACCAAGCAAUUCUUUCAAACCGGGCACACCAGGCUAUCCAGGUUAUCCUACGUAUCCAGAAUAUACAGAAGAUUCAAAGAGUCCAGAAGGACCGAUAGGGUCAGUGGGAAAUGUAGGUCCAAUUGGUGGCAUAGGAGGUAUCGGUGGUGUUGGCAAUGAAGGGAGUAUUGGACCUGAUGGGCCUGACGGGCCAUGGCCAACCGGUUCCCCGGGUCCUAAUGGACCAUGGCCUGGCGAUCCAGAUUACAUACCUGGAGUAAAACCGACAAGAAAACCUUCCCAUAAAGAACCGAUAAAAUAUCACCAGCCUUCAUUUGACAGUUAUACUGGCAACAACUUGCAAUAUAAUUUUAAUAACAGAACUGAUUCUUCGUAUAGAGACUAUGCUCAAAAGGAUGUCGAAUUAUUAAAAUUGUCACAUCCAACGAAAGUUAACACACCAUUAUAUAUAAAGCAUAGUCAGUAUAUACCUCAGUAUGAAACCCAAUUUACGUCAUCGAACUAUGGAGAGAAAGAAACCAUCUACAAUUUAAAUAAAAUCAAUUCACUAUUGCAAACAAAUCCGACACCGUCAUCAUUGAAAUAUGGAAUUGGAGAUCAUCCAUACACAGACGUAAAUUUGAAUUCACAACUUUAUGAUCACCCGAUACAUACGGGGCAACAACAAAUAAAAAAACCGCUUAAAAAUGACUUCAAACAAUUUUCUGUACACGAUCGAGAUCAGUAUCAAAAGUCAAUAAUAUUUUAUCCAUCUUAUAACUCGCAACAGCAGUCUCCUAAAGAAUCAGAUCAAUUUAAUUUAGAACGACAAGAGGACGCACUUAGUGUAGACGAACAAUAUAAUAAUUCUGCCGAUGUGGAUGGCAAACCGAUUUCUAAAGUGUUCUUUCAAUCGGAUGGACCCCCCUCUGCUCCGGAAAGACAGGUAAAUGCACGGCUUGAGCAGAUCUUUCGGACGAAUCCCGGACUCGAUGCUAUCGGGGUUCAGCCACCCAUCAACGUCAAGCCCUCAUCGUUACCUGUAGGGCCAAAUUCACAAGCAUGCCCCUGUUACUUAGUCGAGCCGAAUAACAACACAAACGUAACAACCAGCUCGACUCUCACUUCUGUCAUUGGUCAGUUGGGAUUCAUUCCUGUUAUCUUCGUACCAUACUGUCCUGGCAACCAGAUGGACAGCAAUAAGAUGAAAAUUAUGUUCCCGUCCGCGACUCCCGUUCCAUAUGCAUGCGACACAUGUGAUUCACACGACAGCAAAUUCGUUGUAAAAGCGCUCGACAUAAAUCAACUUGGCAAUAUCGAUUAUCUCAAAGAGGCAUUAAAUCAAUCCAAUCUUGGCUUUUUGAAUGUUCCAGUUAAGACCAAUAUCGAGCGAAGAAAAACGAAAAGCAGUAAGGCGAAAUGAAGAGUGUAACACUAACUUAUUAAGCUUAAUUUGCGCUCGUUCUAAAAAGACAAACUUAUUUUCUCCUGGGGAAUAGAAAUAAAUAUAGGAUAUUGGCAUUGCCUGUCCGUCAACUGCUGGUUAGUUAAUGGAUGGCCAAAUUAAAAAGGUGCUUGUAAUAUUUACCAGAAUAACCAAAGUCAAUAUAGAAUACACAAAACUAAAAAUUGAAUUAAUAGCGAAUUUUUUCAGUAUUGUUAACUCUCUUUGUAAAUUAAUUCAUUUUAUAUAUUUAAAGGACAAAUAGUAAGCUGUAAAUCCAAUUAAUUUAAAAUAAAAGUAUUUAAAGUAGUUUAAAAUUUAUAAAAAAUUUACAUUAAAUAUAAAAUUUAAAAGCUCUCUUAUAUAUUAUAAAUACAUAUAAUCUUCUCAACAUUCUGACUUUGAACUCUAUAGGUAUUUAAUUUUUUAUCAUUAAAAACAUUAUCUUACAUAUUAUUUACAAAAAUUACAUUUUUUUAAUUAAUAGGAUUUACAAAAUUUAUACUAAAUUAAAUUUAUUAUAGUUAUUCAUUCAAUAUUUAGUUUGAUGUAGAAUUAAAGAGGGAGACUUUUUGUGAACGCUAUUUCUAGAUUCUAUGCGUUUCAAUACCAACCAAUAUCCUAAUAUUUAUUAUUACAAUUUGUAAUAAAUUUCAAAUUUUUAUCUUAAAAUAUUUUAUAUUCGGUUUUCCGAGGCGAGAUUAAAUAGUACAUAGUUAUUAAUGUAUACAUUAGAUGUGUAGAAAUUAUUAUAAUAAAACGUAAAAAUAUUGUAUGUAAA